AUCCAAGUGGAUCCAGAGGUGAUUCUGGAAGGAAUGAAUGAAGCGGACUAAUAGACAUGCUGGGCGUCAAAGAACGUCACGGCGGAUCAAGAUGACAGGCAUCAGAUGCCUGCCGCCGUAGAAGCUCCCCGCGUCCGCCCCGCAUGCGCUCCGGCGGCGUCUCCGUCCUCCCGAUGGGCUGCGCACCCAGCAUCCACGUCUCCCAGAGCGGCGUCAUCUACUGCCGCGACUCGGACGAGUCCAACUCGCCGCACCAGACCACCGCCGCCGUCUCGCAGGGCACCGGCGGCGGAGGCGCGCCGCACGGCCUCUUCGUCAAGACCGACGCCGCCGACGCCAUCCCGUCCGUCGUCGCCUACCAGAGCCGCCACUCGAGCUUCAACUCCCGCGGCGGCGGCGGCGGCGCGCACGUCCUCAUCGAGGCCGAGACGCAGACCAGCAACAGCGGCGUCAAGGUUUCGUCCACAGAAGAAAGUGUGGGGCCCAUGAAAGUGAACCGGGAGCCCGUACAGGUCCUGCUGGUGUUCGCCAAGGAGGACGGCCAAAGCGAUGCCUUGUGGUGGGCCUGCGACCGCGCCGGCUUCAGGUGCAACAUCGCCAGGACGCCGGAGUCUGCGGUGGAGUGUUUCCUGGACAAGCACCACGAGAUCGUCGUCAUCGAUGGGCGCCACUCGCGCUACUUUGAGCCGCAAGUCGUGUGUCGGAUGAUCCGUGCCACCAAGCCCUCGGAGAACACGGUCAUCCUCGCCAUCGUGCCGCCCACGCCGCCCGACCAGGACGAGCCUUCGGUCCUCCCGCUGCUCUGUGCCGGAUUCAGCCGAAGGUUCGUGGAGAGCGCCAGCGUGUCGGCCUGCUACAACCAGCUGCUGCAGCUGGAACACGGGGAAGUGCGCUGCCGGUUCAAACUCAGGGCCUGCAACGCGGUGUUCGCGGCGCUGGAGAAGUGCCAGGAGGCUGUGGAGAUCACGAGUGAAGACCACGUGGUGCAGUACGUCAACCCCGCCUAUGAGCGGAUGAUGGGCUACCACAAGGGGGAGCUGCUGGGGAAGGAGCUGCCCAAGGGCGACAAGAACCGAGCAGAGGACACGGUCAACACCUGCGUUCAACAAGGAAAGGUGAGUCAGGGCCUCUGCAGGAAGUGGGCGGGGCUUGACGCUGUGGUGUCUGUGAAGGAGUGGCAGGGGGUUUAUUACGGCAGGAAGAAGUCGGGCGACAGCAUCCAGCAGCACGUCAACAUCACGCCCGUCAUGGGCCAAGGAGGGAAGAUCCGACACUUGGUGGCCAUCAGGAGAGCUCACGUGGACAACAACCAUCAAGUGCACAAACUCCUCAAGGAAGACAGAAGUUGUUUGGACUCUUCUCACUCAGACGGCCAUUCUCUGCGCCACCGCGACAGGAGGAAAGACUCCAUGGACGCCAGGUCCCUCAGCUCCCGGAGUAGUGACGCUUCCAGUUUACAGAACCGAAGACAUUCUUCCGUCGCCAGGAUCCACUCCAUGACCAUCGAGGCCCCCAUCACCAAAGUGAUAAACAUCAUCAACGCGGCCCAAGAGAGCAGCCCUCUGACCGUAGCCGAGGCUCUGGACCGCGUGCUGGAGAUCCUGAGGACCACGGAGCUGUACUCGCCUCAGCUGGCCUCCACAGAGGACGACCCCCACACCACCGACCUGGUCGGGGGGCUGAUGAAUGACGGACUGCGGCGCCUCUCUGGUACCGUCUUUAAAAACCAUGGUCAGAGUCAGAUAGCCCUCCCUGUGAGUCUGAGUGACGUCCCGCAGUCCGUGGCCGACGAGGAGCGCUGGGAGUUCAACAUCCUGGACUUGGAGGCGGCAACGCACAAGAAGCCGCUGACCUACCUGGGCCUGAAGAUCUUCAGCAGUUUUAGCGUGUGUGACUUCCUGAGCUGCUCCGAGGCCUCGCUGCGGUGCUGGCUGCAGCUCAUGGAGGCCAGCUACCACUCCUCCAACUCCUACCACAACUCCACGCACGCCGCCGACGUCUUGCACGCCACCGCCUACUUCCUGCGCAAGGAGCGAGUCAAGAGCAGCCUAGACCAGCUGGACCAGGUGGCGGCGCUGAUUGCCGCCACCGUGCACGACGUGGACCACCCGGGCCGCACCAACUCCUUCCUGUGCAACGCAGGCAGCGAGCUGGCCAUCUUGUACAACGACACGGCCGUGCUGGAGAGUCACCACGCCGCCCUCGCCUUCCAGAUGACCGUGCGGGACGGCAGGAGCAACAUCUUCAAGAACAUGGAACGGAACCAGUUCCGGACGCUGCGUCAGGCCAUCAUUGACAUGGUUCUGGCCACGGAGAUGACGCGACAUUUUGAGCAUGUCAACAAGUUUGUCAACAGCGUCAACGAACCCAUGGCCGCCAUCGAGGAGACCAACACCUGUAGCAUGAGCAGUGAGUGUGAGGGCCAAGCCAACAUGAAGAACUCCCCAGAGAGCCGCCUGCUGAUCAAGCGCAUGUUGAUCAAGUGUGCAGACGUGGCCAAUCCCUGCAGGCCGCUGGAGCUCUGCAUCGAGUGGGCGGGGCGCAUCUCCGAGGAGUACUUCGCUCAGACGGACGAGGAGAAGAGGCAGGGGUUGCCCGUGGUGAUGCCCGUGUUCGACCGCAACACCUGCAGCAUUCCCAAGUCUCAGCUGUCCUUCAUCGACUACUUCAUCACCGACAUGUUCGACGCCUGGGACGCCUUCGCCGGCCUGCCGGGCCUCAUGGAGAACCUGUCCGAGAACUACAAGUACUGGAAGACCUUGGACGACAUGAAGUGUAAGAGCCUCCGUCCGCCGCCUCCAUCUUGACACUUCCUGUCAGAGGGCGGGCGGAAGUGGGCGGAGCCAACACGGCUGCCAUUGGAGUCCGCAUCAGACUCAUAUUUUUUUAUUCUGCCUUUUUCCCUGCCAUGGAGAUUGACGUUGUAAGAUGGUCCAUGUCUGCCCUCUAGCGGGGGAAUGGAGUACUGCGCCCUUUUUUGGGAGGUUUUUAUUUAGUCCCACCACACAAUGAUGGCACAGGAAAUAAAAUGUUCACUUCCUGUUGACCCAA